AGGAUGAAGAGGAACAAUUCAGCUGUUGUGAAUAAAAUUGUCCAUUCUUCACCAGCAGUAAAGCUGCCCAGACUUGAAUUUUAUUCUUCUCUCAACCAGACUCAGACAUACACUGUUCUAGACUGGGGGAGUUUGCCUCAUCAUGUCCUAUCAGGCAUUUUUCAGUAUCUUCCUUUAAUAGAUCAGGCUCAGGCAUCUUCUGUAUGUAGGAGAUGGAAUGAAGUUUUUCAUAUUCCUGAACUUUGGAGAAAAUUUGAAUUUGAAUUGAACUGUUCAGCCACUUCAUAUUUUAAGUCUACUCAUCCUGAUCUCAUUCAGCAGGUCAUCAAAAAGCAUUCUGCUCAUCUCCAGUAUGUCAGUUUUAAGGUUGAUAGUAGUGCUGAAUCAGCUGCAACUGCCUGUGAUAUACUUUCUAAGCUGGUGAAUUGUCCUAUCCAGACUCUGCGUUUAAUUUCAAUGGCAAAGCCAAGUUUCAUGAAAAUGUCAAAGUCUCACUUUGUGUCAGCACUUACAGUUGUUUUUGUCAACUCAAAAUCGUUAUCAUCAAUCAAAAUUGAAGACACACCAGUGGAUGAUCCUUCAUUAAAGAUUCUUGUGGCCAAUAAUAGUGAUACUUUAAGACUCCUAAAAAUGACCAGCUGUCCUAAUGUUUCAUCUGAUGGAAUCCUUUGUGUAGCUGAUCAUUGUCAAGGCCUUAGAGAAUUGGCAUUGGAUUAUUGCAUUCUAACUGAUGAACUUCUCCUAGCACUUUCAAGUAAGACCCAUGUUCACCUUGAACAUCUUCGAGUUGAUGUUGUGAAUGAAUAUCCUGGACAAAUCGAAUUUCAUUCUAUUAAAAAACAAAGUUGGGAUGCACUUAUUAAACACUCCCCUGGAGUGAAUGUUGUUAUGCAUUUCUUUUUAUAUGAAGAGGAAUUUGAGACAUUCUUCAAAGAAGAAACCCCUGUUACCCACCUUUAUGUUGGUCGUUCAGUGAGCAAAGCAGUUUUAGGACGAAUAGGUCUUAACUGUCCACGACUGAUUGAGUUAGUUCUGUCUGCUAAUAGUUUGCAAAUGCUUGAUGAUGAACUUAUUUGUAUUGGUGAAUACUGUAGAAACUUAAGAGCCUUGGGCCUCAGUGCAUGUGAAGUUAGCUGCAGUGCAUUCAUUCAGUUUGUAAAACUGUGUGGGAGAAAGCUAACCCACCUCUCUGUAAUGGAGGAAGUUUUGAUCCCUGAUGCUCAUUAUAACUUCAAUGAAAUCCACACAGAAGUCUCCAAACAUCUGGGGAAAAUGUGGUUCCCAGAAGGGAUGCCUCUGUGGUGA